CAUUGGCUGCGGAGAAAUGACUUGAAAGGUCUGGAGAGUUUGUUCGGGGUAAAUACCGCUGUCUGUGUCAAGUAUAUAGAGUUUUCACUCCCGAGCGCUUCAACCCGACUCGCUGCCGUAGGCUUUGGCGUGUGAGAGACUGAACAGGAGACACCAGUGGAACCAGACAAAAAAACGCGUCCCCGGCUCCCAGCCACCAGCGCCAUCAUCAGCUGUGUAAUCAGGUAGUAUCCGGUCGGCUGCCUCGUUAGCUAACAGCGCGUGAACUGGCUAAGAUGAACGGCCACCUCAACGGUUUCCAUAACAACUCGUUCAGCGAUGAAGACUGCUUCCUCUUCACGUCUGAAUCGGUCGGGGAAGGACACCCCGAUAAAAUUUGUGACCAGAUCAGUGACGCCGUGUUGGACGCACACCUUAGACAAGACCCCGAUGCCAAAGUAGCAUGCGAGACCGUUGCCAAGACGGGUAUGAUCCUGCUGGCGGGGGAGAUCACCUCCAGGGCCCAUGUUGACUACCAGAAGAUUGUCAGGGAGGCAAUCAAGCACAUCGGCUAUGACGACUCCUCCAAAGGCUUUGACUAUAAGACCUGCAAUGUGCUGGUGGCUUUGGAGCAGCAGUCCCCUGAUAUCGCUCAAGGCGUUCACCUGGACCGCAAAGAAGAGGACGUGGGAGCUGGUGACCAGGGCCUGAUGUUUGGAUACGCCACUGAUGAGACCGAGGAGUGCAUGCCCCUCACCAUCGUCCUGGCUCACAAGCUCAAUGCCAAGAUGGCUGAACUACGCCGAAAUGGAACGCUGCCGUGGCUCCGACCCGAUUCCAAAACUCAGGUGACUGUUCAGUACAGACAGGACAGAGGUGCCAUGGUGCCGUUGCGCGUGCACACUAUUGUGAUCUCUGUGCAGCACGAUGAGGCCGUAGGUUUGGAGGAGAUGCGUCACUGUCUGAAGGAGCAGGUGGUGAAAGCUGUGGUUCCCAGUGGGUAUCUGGAUGAUGACACCAUCUAUCACCUGCAGCCCAGUGGCCGCUUUGUCAUUGGAGGGCCACAGGGUGACGCUGGUCUGACUGGGCGUAAGAUCAUUGUCGAUACUUACGGGGGUUGGGGAGCCCACGGAGGUGGAGCUUUUUCUGGAAAGGACUACACAAAGGUAGACCGCUCUGCAGCCUACGCUGCCCGUUGGGUGGCCAAGUCUCUUGUAAAAGCUGGACUGUGCAAGCGUGUCUUGGUCCAGGUGGCCUAUGCCAUUGGAGUUGCCCAUCCCCUCUCCGUCUCCAUCUUCCACUAUGGGACGUCCCAGAAGAGCGAGAAGGAGCUUCUGGACAUCGUGAUGAAGAACUUUGACCUCCGUCCAGGAGUUAUCGUGAGGGACCUUGACCUGAGGAAGCCCAUCUACCAGAGCACAGCAGCUUACGGCCACUUUGGCCGUGACAUCUUUUCGUGGGAAGUGCCCAAGAAGCUGAAGUACUGAGCCGCUCGUCUUCUCUCCAAGCAGGAUUUAGGCGGAGUUCACAUAAACCUUUGUGUUUGUCUACUUUCCUUUCUUCCCCUCCUCCUCCUCCCUUUCCCACUCUCUCCACGCGCACACACACACACGUCCACAUCAUGACAGCCUCUGCGUCAUUAGAAGAUGUCCUUUGUCCACCUGGUAGUACAGAUCCUCGAAGAAAAGCACAUUUCAUUUGUCAAGAUGUGCAGAUUUGAGCAGGGCUGCCAGCUAUAACUACUAUUUUAUCUGGUACCCUGUUUCAUUUUUAGCAUUAUUAAUGGGCGUCUAGUUUUCACACACUGCUGCCACGGUGGCCUAACGCGUAUCUCGUCCAAUCCGAUCAGUAUUAUUCGUAGUUCAGACCAAAGCUUUCCAGUGCGGUGAUGAAAACAUGUCUUUAAAAAUCAGUGGUUGUUCUCUUGCACUCUCCAUUUCACCUUUAGCGUCGUAAAAACACCAGUCCCCUCACCUGCCUCUGUUUUCAGAUUUUUUAUGCCACACGUAGGGUCACACAACAGUUUUUCAUUAUUAUUAUUAUUAUUAUUAUUUGUGCUGUCCCUUCAGGCCAUUUAUUUCUGACGUUUUACAGAGAAGUCAGAAGCUGCUAAUGUCGUUGUGGUUUUGUUGGGCUGCACCAUGAGGUCACUCCUUUUUUUUUUUUGUUUUGUUUUUUUAUUUAUUUUGUAGGUUUAAAUGUCAUGUGAAGGAUCCAAAUUGUGUUGAAUGUGUCAAUGAUCUGCUGGUCGAGAUAAAGGGCCGGCACUCACCCUUCCUGAGGCCGACGCUGGGUGUAGUUACAGAGAAACCCGGGCUCCGUCACCUCUGGACGGUGGGGAUGGCUGCAUUUUAUCCUAUGCCAAAGCCGUACUUGAAGUAAAUUAUACAGCGGGACCUAAGAGUUUGACCACCAGAGACGAUACAGAAAGACAUGCGGGGCAAGAUCUGGGAUCUGAAAGCUGUCGUCCACUAGUUUGCAUGAGUUGAGUGUCCCGACAGAUAAAGCCACGGUGGACGUGUGUGGAGGAACGUAAUGAGCAGCACAGACAGACCAAUAAGAGCGUUAAGAAGCGGCGCACAGUCAGCGUAGUGAAUGUAAGUUAUCAAAAAUGGAAGGGGCUUUCGUUUCGAGCGUUACGUGUAUCGUAAUCGACAAUACAGUGUUGAGGUUGCAGCUGGAGCCUUUAAGUUAUUUAUUUAUUUGUUGUUGUUUUUUUAACCGCAAGGGUUAUGGAUGGCACAAGUUACAUUUUUACUCAUGAAACACGCUUGAAACCAUCUGGGUUUGCCAAGAUCUCCCCUCCUCUUAUUCUUUUAAAGUGUGCAUUGUACUUUCUAGGAAAUGGAGAUGAAGUUCGUGAAAGUGUCUGCCAGAGACCUUGGCUAGCUUUGAACCUAAGUCCUUUAUGAAUUAACGUAUAUGCCUUCGAAUGCUUCCCUGCUUGCUCUUCUUGUGGCUUAACCAAACUGGAGGUCCGUGUGAGAUGAGUAUCCACCUAAAAUGUCUCCUUGUUAGAGCUGUGAGCAGUUAGUGAGUGUAAAAUGUCUUCUUCAUGUAACUAGAUGGCACUGUUCCCCUAUAAUAAGCGCUGAGAUUAAGGUUUUUCCUCUUAACUGCUCAACAUGUUCUCAUCUUGGGUUCUCAGGCUCCAUCUUGUGGUUCUUUGAGUGUACUGCAGGGACAACUCGGUAACAACAGACGGGUCGCACGGUCAUUUUAGACUGAUCUCCGACUGUAGGAUUACCUGAUGAAACUACUCAACCUGACAAAGAUUGUUUUACAAUAAGUUUGCGUCCUCUAGCUCGUCCACAGACGGGACAAAUGAUUGGUUGGUGUUGUACAGAGAAACCAGCCUGUUUACAUAGUCUCCUGUGGCCGAGUUUAAACAGCCUGUUUUUUCCUUUUGCUUUGAUUUUCUUUUAAAUCACAGAAAGUGAGUCCGUUGGAGUGGUUGCUAAAUGUGUAAGUGCCUUCUCAUCCCCCCUAAAUGACCCCUUCUACAACCACCAAAUACACAAACUCUAACCCUUUGCUCCUGCCCUCCCACUUCUACCCCGAGUUUUCUUGACCAGUAAUUUACACUGUCUGAUCUGUUGUUGACUUUCUCUUCUAAACUGUUGAAAUAAACUGCACUCUUGUUGCUGUG